AUGCACAUGGACCCUUUAGCCAGUCAAGUCAUUAGUGAUGAUUCGAAACUUGUAAAACAAUUAAAGGGGAACUUAAAAAAGGCAUUUGAGAAACCCGCUCGGCAAAUGAAGCCUAACUUAUGCCAAGGGUUAAAGAAAUGUGUGAAGAACUCUUAUCAAGUUUCGUCAGUCGCGAGUACCAGAAUAUACCGCCAGAAAAACUUAUUCAUGAUGGAACUUGGAAAGACCGAGGAUGAAAUUGCAAGUGUUUUUCCAGUUUCUCCGGCAUUAUCAGUAACUUCACAAAUGCCUGUUCUAUCACCUAUUAAUACUCACUCUGAUGAAGAUGAUAGUACCGAUUCUGUAAACCUUGAGCAGACACAAAGUGCUAUUUCUCCCAAACCAAAUUCUGACAAUAAUCCUGAAAAGGUUUUCGAAUGCUGUUUUUUCGAAAGGACAGCCCCAACUAAGCUAGCCGGAAUUAGCACAAUGUUGACCGAUUUAGGUUAUUCUCAAGCAGCUCCUUCAAUGUAA